AUACUUAACUAUCAUUCUAGGCGUAAUCUUGGAAAUCUUUCUAUAUAAAUAUAAAUAUAUUAUAUCUUUCUCAUAGCAUGGUAUGUAUGAGAGGGGAAUUUUUUUUUCCUUGCCUGUUUCUUGUUAAAAACCCUUACCAUAUCCAUAUGUUUGGCUCAUCCUUGCUUUCGGCACCUUUAACAUAUGUUGCUCUUAUAGUUACAGAAUGCCUAAGAUUUUGAAGAAAGCAAUAUUGGUCUCAUAAUUCUGAAAGAGAACAGUGAAGUGGAUUCUGAGGUGAGAGUGCCUUCCGCUCCCAUUAUCUUCACUUGUCUGAGUUGCCUCAUGUACCUUGCCAUUCAUGCAAAGGGUGUAUUCCAACCCUUAACUUACAAAAACAGCCGAUUACAAAGAUUCUUCUUCACCGGCUUCUGUAAAAGGACCUUACAAACGUAAAAAUCCAGAAAAUCCAGUUCAUGCUCUGUCUUUCUCUUUGGCUUUGAUCAUUAAGCAUUUGGUUGGAUUCAAUACACCAAUGGAGGAGUUAACAUCAAAUAUGUGGCAGUUGGGAAUGAACCUUUCCUGAGUUCCUACAAUGGAUCAUUCAUAAACAUCACAUUCCCAGCUCUUCAGAACAUUCAAAAUGCACUUAUUGAAGCCGGAGUUGGAGACUCCAUCAAGGCUACAGUACCCUUAAAUGCUGAUGUCUAUAAUUCCCCUGCUAGCAACAAUGUUCCAUCUGCUGGACAGUUCAGAAGUGAUAUCAAUGGAAUCUUGACCCAGAUUGUCAACUUUCUUGCUCAGAAUAAUGCACCUUUCACUGUGAAUAUCUAUCCUUUCCUCGGUCUCUAUGGAAAUGACAACUUCCCUUUUGAUUAUGCUUUCUUUGAUGGAGCAACCCCAAUUGUUGAUAAUGGGAUUCAAUACACCAAUGUUUUUGAUGCCAACUUUGACACCUUGGUUUCAGCUUUGAAAAGCGUAGGGCAUGGGGACAUAACCAUUUUGGUGGGGGAGGUUGGUUGGCCAACAGAUGGGGACAAGAAUGCUAAUAUAGGUUUUAAUGGUGCACUCAUAAUAAUCAUUUGGAUUCAUGCUACCAAGUUUCCACAUGGUUAAUUUGACACACAUAAAAGAAUCUUUCAAUUCUAAAACUGAUUUAUUUCAAUUUCUAAACUCAUGUAUGAUAUGAUAUAUUAUCAAGUACUUAAUUCUACAAAAUUCUACAAGUCACUGGACUAUUUCAUUUUAUU